AUGUCAUCUUCACAGGAUCUGUGUCGUUUGGUAGUUCUCGGGCUUAAGAUCAACGAAUACGAACGGUCACAAAUGGCACCAGUGAAAUGGGAUGAAGCUAAUUUAGCUGAAAUUGAGGCAAAUAAACCUGUGAGGCAGAAAAUAACUGAACCAAAGACACCGUACCAUCCCAUGAUUGAUGUUGAUGAUGAGGAUGACGAAACGUCAUCACCUGGCAGAAGAGGAAAUUUUGGAAAUACUUUUGAAGAUGCAAUGCAUGCAGAAGCUAUACGUACGGCACUGAAUGAUGUAGGUUCCUCUAGCAAAAAUGUUGUGCAUAUCUCGGGCUGGACGUCCUCUGAGGAUGACAUGGAUACUAUGGAUCAUGAUGGAGAAGGUUCUGAAUGCGAGAGGCGCAAGAGCUUCCGGGAGCACAGAAAAGCUCAUUAUGAUGAGUUCCGCAAGGUUAAAGAACUACGUCGCAAGGGUUCCCUCGUAGAAGAUGAUGAGUCAGAUUUGGAUACCGAACAUGAGAAGGCAAACGGUCCAACUGAGUCGUCCUCAUCGAUAACCGCUGGGGUCAAGGAAAUGGACAUCAAGGAAUCCUCGCCCCCCUCCAAUGGUACUUAA